AUGACAAUGCCGUGGUUACAGUUAGGGCUGAAGCUUUCCAUUGUCAUUUUGACCCUCUCACCCUCAACCCUAUGUCAAAGUAAAAGGAGGAAAGGACAGAGAGAGGGCAACCAGAUCAUCACUCACGAGGCCAAAAGCCUGAUCUGCCCAGUGGAAAUUAUGUUCAUUGUGGACAGUUCAGAGAAAGCCAAAGCUCUGCUGUUUGAGCGUCAGAAGGAGUUCAUCCUGCGCUUCAGCACCAAGCUUGUACAGCUCCACUCUGACGGCUGGCGGCUGCGGCUACGGCUGGCUGCUCUGCAGUACAGCAGCACUGUUUCAGUGGAGCACAACUUCAGAGACUGGCAGGAUGUGGAUGUGUUCCAGAGUCGGGUGGCUGCCAUGACCAUGAUCGGCCAUGGCACCUACUCCGCCUAUGGCAUCACCAACGCCACCAAGGUUUUCAGUCGCGAGACCUCACCCAGCAGCCUGAGGGUGGCGCUGUUGAUGACGGAUGGCACAGACCAUCCUCGCAGCCCCAGCGCAGUGGCAGCUGCUGCUGAGGCCAAACAGCACAGCAUCAGGGUGUUCGUCAUCAGGAUGUCGGGCCUGACCAAUGAUGGGCCCAUGGUUACAAAGGUCCGCUCCAUUGCCAGUGCUCCCCCACAGCAACAUGUUCUGAGCCUCACCGACAACCAGCUGGAUGACAGACUCUUCAGGGAACUGAACACGGUUGUGAAAAAUGGGUGCCCAAAUCCAAAGACCUGCCUCUGUGAAAGGGGGGAAAGGGGUCACCCUGGAUCUCCAGGGAAACCAGGGGAGGAGGGUUCAGAUGGAGUGCCUGGCUCAAAAGGAUCUCGUGGGGAAGCUGGUAUUAAUGGACGUCCAGGAAUUGGGGGCAUUGAGGGUAAACCUGGCAGCAAAGGGGAAAAGGGAGAACUAGGGGAAUGUGGUGCCCCGGGUACAAAGGGAGAUCAAGGUGCUAAUGGACCUCCUGGCCCUAAAGGCCCCAGAGGAGAACAGGGAGCCAUGGGGGGACAUGGAGACCAGGGUCCAGAGGGGCCGUUUGGCUCUAAAGGUGAACGAGGAACAAGGGGGGCACCUGGACAUCCAGGAGAUAAUGGCAUUGGGUUCCCUGGUCCCAAGGGUGACAAGGGGAACCAGGGAAGACCAGGUCCACCUGGACCAAUGGGUGUAGGUGAACCAGGGAUGACAGGUCCAGCAGGGCCACUGGGGAUGCAAGGAUCUCCAGGAUUUCCUGGUGAGGGUCUCCCAGGCUCCAAUGGUGAGAGGGGGUAUGAGGGUCCUAAGGGCAGUCGUGGACCUCCAGGAUUUGGGUACAAAGGUGAUAAGGGCAACCCAGGAGCGCCUGGACUUUCUGGUUUAGUGGGGUAUACAGGGGCAGGCAUACAAGGGGACAAGGGGGACCAAGGGCUCACAGGCCCGUCUGGGCCCAGGGGACCUCCUGGAAUUGGUGUAGUUGGACCAAAGGGUGACCAGGGUUUCCCAGGAGAACCUGGACCUCAGGGAAAGAGGGGUGAUGGUGAACCUGGACCAAAGGGGGCGCAAGGACCUAAUGGGACUGCCGGGAUACCUGGUAUUCCUGGUGAGGAUGGAGCUGCUGGGCCUAAGGGAGAGAUGGGCUUGCUGGGUCUGCGAGGUUCAGAAGGAGCACCUGGGAAAGGUAUCUCUGGAGAAAAGGGAGAUAGAGGUGACCGUGGACAAAGGGGACUUUCAGGGGCCCUAGGCCCUAGUGGCCCAGCCGGUGCUAAGGGGGAACCUGGGAGCCCAGGAAUGACAGGCCAACCUGGACCUGCUGGUCGUGGCAUUCCAGGACCAAAGGGAGAUCCAGGUCCUGUGGGACCAACUGGACCUGUGGGAGAACCUGGAAUGGGAAUUAUUGGCCCAAAGGGUAAUAAAGGAAAUCCUGGGCCUGUUGGACCACCAGGGAUGAAGGGAGAUGGAGUCCCAGGACCAAACGGACUGCCUGGUUUACCGGGAGUGCAGGGAGAGGCAGGAGCCGAUGGGAAAGGACUACCUGGAUCUAAGGGUGACAGAGGCUUACCGGGGGUCACAGGCCCAUCAGGUCCUGCGGGAACUGGACUUUAUGGACCGAAGGGUUCUACAGGGCAGCCUGGUCCAUCCGGCCUCCAUGGGCUUCCAGGAGAGGGCAUCCAGGGUCCAAAGGGAGAGCCUGGGUUUCAAGGGCCAGUGGGCCCCCGCGGGGCACCAGGGGACGGACUCCUAGGGGAAAAGGGUGAUAGAGGCAUUUCUGGACCCCGGGGAAAGAAAGGAGACAAGGGAAUCUAUGGAGAACCCGGAGCUGCUGGACGAUUGGGGACACCUGGAGAAAAGGGGGCACCAGGACUGACAAGAGAAGAGGUCAUCAGAAUAAUAAGAGAAAUCUGUGGCUGUGGUCUGAAGUGCAGGGAGAGCCCUCUAGAGCUGGUGUUUGUGAUCGACAGCUCGGAGACCGUGGGACCAGAAAACUUUGAGUUGGUGAAGGACUUUAUGAAUGCUCUUAUUGACCGGAUGUCGGUGAGCACUGAGGCUAGCCAGAUAGGUGUGGUGCUCUACAGCCACAUGGAAAUGGUGGUGGCUAGUCUGCAGCGACAGACCAGUAAAGAAGACAUCAAGGCCGCCAUCAGGAGGAUGCCCUACUUGGGAAAGGGCACCUUUACCGGCAGCGCCAUCCACCGAGCCACCCAGCUAUUCCGGGCUUCGCGACCUGGUGUGAGGAAAGUGGCUGUGGUUAUAACUGAUGGGUUGGCUGACCCCCGUGACAUCAUGCAGUUUGAGGAAACAGCCAUAGAGGCCCACUAUGAGGGAAUUGAGAUGUUUGUUGUGGGAGUCAUGAACAAGACUGACCCUCUUUAUGAAGAUUUCCAGGCUGAGAUAAAUGUUAUUGCCUCUGAUCCUGAUGAAAAGCAUGUCUACUUUAUAGAUGACUUCAAGAGUCUUCACACUCUGGAAAGCAUUAUUCUAAGUCGGGUUUGUGAGCAAGAUGACACAAUGGCCUUUCUACCGAACUCUAUUUUUCCAGCCGUGGAAAUCGACGCUGACAUUCCAGACUCUACCCAUUUCAAAGAUUUCUUAGAGGAAGACAACAUAAAAUGGGAACACACCGUGGAAGCAGUGACGGCCCCAACUCUACAGUCCCCUGAGUCAGAGUGGUCUGAUGAGAACCUGGUUGAUAACGAACUGUUGGUGGAGCCCUGGAACAGGCUUCCAGACAUCACCUUUGGCUCUCCUGCUGACACUGGGAUGACCUCCAUAGAGGGUACUCAGUCACCGACUCAAUGGCUGCAUGAUCCCUUGAGCACACAGGCUCCAAACAGCCCUUUUCCUCCACACCUUGUUCCAGUUGGAGGAUGCAGUCAGCCUCUAGACCCAGGUCCCUGUCGGCAGUACGUAGUCAAGUGGUACUAUGACCCUGAGGCCAACGCCUGUGCCCAGUUCUGGUACGGAGGCUGUGAGGGGAAUGCAAACAACUUUGAGAACGAGGCCAACUGCAGGGAUUCCUGCAUAUACACAUAACACACUGUGUUUGUAGGAAAAGGUGUGUGCGAAGCUAAUGUGCUCCAGCAGCGUCACCUAGGAACACAAUGGACUGAUGACACAGGCUUUACUGUUUGAACAGAGCUCAGGCCACCAGCUACUGCUGCCGUGCCCGCAUCCUGUUGAAGCAGAAGAGUGAUGGAGCUGAGCUGAAUCACCUUGCUGUCUCUCGGGCUACAUUGGCACUGCAGCUGCUCCUGUUUAAUUCUGAACAUCUGCAUACAACAUUAGCUGUCUAUUCAUUUUGGAGUUGUUAUAUCUGUACAGGAUGUAAAACAAGAAAACAAACUCCAAUACAAGAUGACAGGCCCAUCAAAAAGUCAACAUGGCAUCCCAAAAACUAUUUUAUAGCUAAUCACUUUCACUUUUUUACCACCAGUCUAGGUUUCCUCCAGGCAAACCUUGUGAUUACCCUGAGGUCUGUAUCACAAAGCAACUUCAAUUCACACUGUGUCUUCACAGGGGCAGAAGCAUGAGCAGCAUGAGAACAGAACAGCUGCAGCAGCUCCCCUUCUCUGUGUGCCUACACAGUACUAAGUUGUAGGUUUAACCAUGUGGUGGAAGUUUUUAGAGCCCAAAACACAAUCCUAACCCUGAACUUGUGGCUGGAUUCAAAAGCAAAUGAACCUGGAGCUUAAAGAUAUGCUUUGAGUCAUGUCUACAUUGACACAGCACAACUGAUUACAUGGUCUGUAAACAGCUUUUGAAUGUCAACUGAAAAACUAUGUCGGAUCCUGGAUGAGGGUAGUUAGAUAAGAAUAGUUCUUAAUGACAAGCCAUCACACAACAUAGUUACAUUAAUAUGAUACAAGCAAAGUUACACAAUAUGAAAAUGCCACUUGAACCAAAUAGCGAUGGAGAAUUAGGAAUUUCACAAUAUUAAAAGCAAAACUUAAGAUAUAAUUAAUUUUAGUAAUUAAAAAAAAUAUAUGGUUGUCAUUUUCAACUAGGGAAGUAGUCUUGACUACUAUGGAAAGUAAACAGAUUAUAAACAAAUCAUUUUUCAUAAUUUUUAGUUUUAUCUUAAUUAUAAUAACAAACGGUCAUCAAUAAGUGAUAUACUUAAAACUUAACUGAAGAAAUCGAUGACUAAAAGAAAUUUACAUUCAAAUUUAAGCUAAUGAACCCCGGACACAAUCAAAAUUCAGCGACUCUAUGAUCAGUGUUUAUUAGUCUGUUAGAGUUCCUGUUCUUUAUUAACAACUUUUUUGCUCUUAAUUAUGCACCUGCAUAAUAUAGCAAGUGCACAAGUCCAUAUCAGAAUAAUGACUCCCAGUAGUUGGACAGUUAACCUGCUCUGCAGCACAGUCUACCAUGUAGAACUAACCUGGUUUAAAACAAGCCAGAUUGAUAAUUCUUGAAAACCUUACUUAAAGAUAACCUACUUAACUUGCUUUGUGAUUCAUACCCCAGGAAACUUUAUGAGAUUGCACGAAUUUACCUAAAUAAACUUUCAACCUCUGCAGUUUAUGCAGAUCACAGCAGGAGCCCAAGUAAUCAUAGUCUCAUUCCUACAGAUUCCUCUAUAGAGCUCAUGCUGCCAAAUGUGUGAACGACUCCGAUAAAUGUUGCUUCCAAUGGUCUGAGAAUGCAGUUUUUUAAUCAUGUUUUCUUAAACUUAUACCUCUACAGUUGAAACAAUGCUAUUUGUAAUUUGAGUGAAUUGACCCUUUAAACAGCAUCUCCAGAAAUUGGUGAGGUGAAGAAAGAGGUGAAGCAUGAUGUAAUUUAAGAUACGAGUCACAUAAUCAGGGAUUUUUAUUUUAUAGAGGGAAAAAGUCAGAUAUCCAAGUCCUUACUUUCUAAAUAAAUCAGAAUAAGUCAGAAUUUUACAGGGGAAAAGUUGUUAAAGUUUUAUAAUUUUUCUGUUCUAAAAAUAUUUUGUUUUCUUUUGGCUCGAGAUCAUUCACAUCAAUAAAAAACAUGCAAUCUGACAAACAGAAUUAUUACAAGUAUUACAACUAUAUCAUGUACAUGCAUGACUUAUAGUCAUAAUUCAGACUCUCCAUCAUACAGUUUUAAUUGGUAUUAUGGACAUUUUAAUUGUGUCAAUAUCACAUUAUAAGCCAGACCUUUGAAAAUAAAUAAAAUGGGGAAGGAGCCUAAAAUGAAUCACUGAGAUAAACCAGCAAAGAUAUAGCAGCUCAUUUUUCCAGCCUCUGUGUUUUCCUUUGUUGUCCACAUAAUUUUGUGGUAUCAGGUUAACAAGACCUGUAUUACUUCUACCACUGAUUCCUCUGUUUUUCUCAGACUUUUCCCUGAACUGAUGAAACACAAUCACCAAAAACACGUUUGUAGCACACAGUGUCUUUAAAAAUGGUGCUUCGCUCGCUGUGUUUAUUUUAUAUUUAAUGGAAUAGUUUGACUUUGAAUAUGUUUAUUUACUUUCCUGCCAAAAAGUGGGUGAUGAAUUCAACACCAAUCUAAUGUCUAUACAUUAAAUAUGCAGCUACCACCUGCUGCUUGUUAUCUUAGACCAAAGACUGGUAUUGUGGAAUAUGUGUUAGCCAGGCACAGGCACUUCCUGAUAUGCCCACUGCUUGCCUAGCAAGUGGUUCCAGCUAAGAAGCAGACAUUGCAGGGUUAGGCUUUACUGUGUAAACAGUGGAUUUCAUUUCAUAUGGACAGAGCCGGGGUGCUUUCGUCUGUCUGCUGGCUCUUACUCCAAAUUUCCAGCACAAAUAUGAGAUUGAUUAUCAGUCUGAACAUGUAACUCUGCCAGAAAACAAAUAAUUAUACUUCUUAAAAUGGUGAGCUAUAUAUUUCAAAUAAAAUACAAACUGAAAUGAAUCAACCACAGAAAAGCAUUUACAUCACUUUUGGAGGAGGUUUAGGCAGCAUCUCUAAACAUAGGGCUCCGUUGGAGAGCUCUUGUGUUUAUCAUGGUACAGGAUUCUACAUCACUGUAGGAAUCUAUCACAGGGCAGAGACAGCUAAAGAAAAGGAAGGGUAGACAUAAAGGUUUUACUGUCUCAGAACAACAGAGUCCAGCUCACUAGAGCUUGUCAGCUUGAGUAUAUGUUGCAUAGUAUGUCAUGACAAAACCUCUGUGAGAACAAACAAAAGAGUCCGAAUUGAGGCACUUUUACCAGCAAUAUGAAUAUAGUCUUCUCAAUAUACAGUGGUUACAUGUGUAAUUUUAUUUUAGGGUAUCAAAUUCUGGGAUCUGUCUUUUUCUACUUACUGUUUUUGUGGGUCAGUCAUUGUGGGUCUGUCCACAAAGCAGUGUUGCCUUUUAGGCCUCUUGAUUAAUUUAAGAGCCUGUUCUUAACCUGUUCAUGGUAUUUUGU